AUGGCUCACGGACAUCAUCAUCACCACCGCCGCGAGCGCCCGGGGCGCGAAGUUUAUUUCAAACUUACUGCUAAAGAUUCGAAACAGGCUCAUCUAUUCUCUAUCAAGUAUGAGAAGGUCGCCGGAUUGCUCGAGAAGCUCAAGAAGAAGCUCGCCGAGUUCAAGGUCGACUUUGCCAACAUUUUCUGGAUCGAUCGGGAGAAGGAUCAGAUUUUCCUGCAGACAGCCGAGGAUCUGAAGGAGGCGAUCAAGUUCUCGAGGUUUGUGGUGAAGCUGUACGCUGAGGGAACUGGUGAGAAGGAUCUGAAGGGUCUGAAGAAGGAUCUGAAGAGCGAAGACGAUGAGGAUGAUCGUCGCAGCAGCAGCUCCUCAUUCUCGAAGGUGUCUCAUGGAAGAUCGGAAUCCGAGUCGUCUUCGUCAGGAUCGGAAAGCAGCGAUGACGAAAAUGAUCGCAAGAAGAAAGGUGAGCGUUCUGGAAGUUCCUCUUCUUCUUCUGGAUCUUCCCGAUCUCCAUCUCGUGGAAGACGUGGAGGACGUGGUGGCCGCUCAGGAUCCAGCUCGUCAUCAUCAUCUUCUGAAUCACGAUCUCCCGGAAGACAUGAGGAGCCCGAGAAGCAAGGAAAGAAAGAAGAGUUGAAGCAGCUGAAGAAGCAAAAGUCCGAAGGUGUUGAGCAUCGUGGAAGAUCGGGGUCACCGGGAGGACGUCGUGGACACGGUGGACGCCAUGGAUCCCGUUCUGGAUCUCCAGGAGGUCGUCAUGGUCAUGGAGGCCACGGAGGACAUGGAUCACGCUCCGGAUCUCCAGGUGGUCGUCAUGGUCACGGAGGCUCAGGGCAUCAUCGUGGAGGUCGUCAUGGAGGCCACGGAAGGCAUGGAUCGUGCUCCGGAUCUCCACGAGGUCGUCAUGGUCAUGGAGGCCACGGAGGACAUGGAUCACGCUCCGGAUCUCCAGGUGGUCGUCAUGGUCACGGAGGCUCAGGGCAUCAUCGUGGAGGUCGUCAUGGAGGCCACGGAAGGCAUGGAUCCCGCUCCGGAUCUCCAGGAGGUCGUCAUGGUCACGGAGGACGCCACGGCCCACCACAUUGUCCAGGACGCCAUGGAAGACAUGGAUCCCGUUCCCACUCUCCUAGAGGACACGGGCACGGAGGACGUCACGGGCCACCACACUGCCCAGGGCGUCAUGGACACCACGGACCACCACACCAUCAUCACCAUGAUGGACGUUCUCCAUCUCGUCACGGCCACCACCACCAUCAUCAUCAUGGAUGCCGUCCAUUCCCACCGCAUCAUGGACAUCAUCACUUUCCACCAUUCUGGCCACCAUGCCCACCACCACCACCAUUCUGGCCUCCACAUCGUCGUGGCGGUCACUGCCAUCACCAUCAUCAUAAUGGACAUCGUUCGUUCUCCCCAUAA